CUAGAUGUUAGAUACCUCCAGUACACAAACAGGAUACCGUCCGCCACUGAGCAACACAUGGAAAUGCUUUCAUUUUGCUGCCAGUACCUCAACUCCGACCCCUUCAUCAAACCGACCUCCACCGAACUCCGACAUGAGCAUGCUGAAGCAGGCUACUACGCGUUCCAGGACUACGCAGCAGCGCAUUGGUGGGAUCAUGCGAAGUCCCUGGAGUCUAGCCAGAAACUACAGCAACACCAAGAGCAGCCGCAGAUCGUUGCAGACCUGACAGACCUUCUCGCCAACUACGGCAGAGGCGCUAAGUGCUCGACAAAUAGCCGUGUGAGGAACCUUGGCGACAUUCUGGCGGAUCUCCAUCCGUUAGCCAGCGAGAGGAAUAAGGAUCUGCUCUUUGAGCAUCGAAUAUCAUUGAUCCGAGAGGCAGUGGUAUCCGUACAGGAAUCCGCCGCAAAGUCGCAGGACAGAGAAUUCUCGGUCAGAAUGGACGGCAUCUACGGUCCGUUGCGACACAAGUGCCCAAAGCCAUGGUGCAGCGAGUUCCAUCUGGGGUUUGAGUCGCAAACGCGGCUCCAAGCCCACAAUGACGCCCAUGAGCGUCCCUUUAGGUGUCCGGUAGAGGGCUGCGCCGUUGCAGCCGUUGGGUUUGUGUCCGAAAGUGCCCUUAAAACGCACCACAAAAGGUACCACCAUGUGGAAAAGGAACCAGUUUUCGAGACGGCCGACAACCGAACCUGGCGCAAGCUCCUGUCUCGAGCAAUUAAGGCUGGAUCACUUGAACGGGUGAAAGAGAUCAUAUCCCCACCCGGGAGCGACGAAGUUUUGAGAGAACGCGCGAGAGGAAGUCUGCAGGAAUACGCACACACUCCUCUCCUCGAAGCUAUCAGAUCAAGGCAGCCACAUAUUUGCGAAUACCUUCUUGAGGCAGGAGCGGAUGUUAACCGAGCGUCGGGGAAAACGCACGUUACCCCACUUCGUGAAGCUAUUGCGACCAACGACCAAGAGAUUUUUAACCUCCUCCUCCGGCAAGACGGUGUCGACCCUCUCGAGGAGCCCUCCCUGUGGCCCCCAGAGCAGCGAGUAAAGCACUUCCUGCCACCAGGCAAAAACGACACUCUGGACUUUGCAUUGGCCUUCUCCUCCGUCGAGUUCAUUCUUCCUAUUCUGUCCAAAGCCGACCUUCCCACCUCUCGUUUAUUUAGUUAUCUUCAAACUCUUACCGAAUCACGGGCGCCGGGUCGCAACGAAGUUCUCCGUGUUUUGGCAACGAGCAAACUGGGAUUCCGUUCGGACAAAUGUGACGAGGAAACAGGGGGAUCCUUGCUUUCAUUUGCAGUCAGAAACAAUAGCGCAAAAAUGGUGGCGUCAAUUCUGGCCACCAGCUCCAACGACAUCAACUCCAAAGAUAAAUUUGGGAAAACGCCGGUGUUUUUGGCUGUGCAGAAUAGCAACGAGGCUGUUCUUAAAUUGCUACUGGAAACCGGCCGCGCAAACGUCAACUCGAAGGAGAAUAAUGGUUUUACUCCGUUGUUGUGGGCCGCCGGAUUUGGGAACGAGGCUGUUGUGAAGUUGCUGGUGGAAAGCGGCUGCGCCGACGUUAAUUCGAAAGAUACCGACGGUUGCACACCACUAAUCCGGGCCGCCAGAAGGGGGGACGAGGCUAUCGUUAAGCUGCUUCUCGACACAGGUUACGCCGAUAUUAAUUCGAGAGAUAAAGAUGGCUGGACGGCUUUGUCUUGGGCCGCCUAUGGGCAAGACGAGGCUGUCGUUAAGCUGCUGCUAGGAGCAGGUUGCGCCAAUGUCAAUUCGAAAGAUGACGAUGGUUGGACGCCCUUGUCGUGGGCCGCCCAGAAAGGGAACGAGCCCAUCGUCAAACUACUAGUUGAAACCGGCCGGGCCGACGUUCAUUCGAGCGAUAGGGAUGGCCGGACACCACUGUCUUGGGCCAUUUUGGGAAAAAACGAAGCUGUAAUUAAGUUACUAGAUAAAGCCGCCGGUGUCGACAACGAGACGAAGGAGGAAAAUGGCUAGGUGCUAGGCCGGCGAGAGGAGUUGGGAGGCCGUUGCAGGCCACUCGACAAGAAAAUCGCCGAUGGAGAGAGGACGCCGCCGCCUUCCUUAAUAAUCGCCUAGUUUGCCGGAACCAAAGGGCAGGUAGCGACUGUCAUCACAAUAGAAGGACAGCGGUAUUGAGGUAGGAACGGUCGUUGGCGCAGGGCACUAAACUUCUGUGGUAUAAUGGGGAACAAAGGAGACCCCCCGCUGGCCGGCAGCUUUUCUCAUACAAUAGUCAACCCAGGAGAGCAACAGCAGACAUCCGCAUAUC